CGGCGGAUUGCGCUUGCGCUGGGGCUGUGCGGGGACUGGCUGGCUGACUGGUUACUUCUGUGUGCCCGUGGAUCGCAAACAGACAGACGGAGGGAGAGAGGGAGCGCAGAGGGAGCGCCGGGCGAGCGGACACCACGGCCGCAGGCUCAGCUGGCAGCACACUCUUUGGCAAGACGAUCGAGCGAGUUUUCCUAGAAGAAGAGCUUGGGCGGUAUGCAAAGUUGUGAAAUAUCUUCAGACAGUGCAGAUGAUCCUCUCAGUUGUGGGACACUGACAAAGCGACAACCUCGUAUAGUCGUCAUCGGUGCUGGUCUCGCUGGACUCUCUGCGGCAAGACUCCUCCUAGCCAGUGGAUUCACAGACAUCACUGUUCUAGAGGCAUCAGAGCGAAUUGGGGGCCGAGUCCAAAGCAUUAAACUUGGCUGCGCCACCUUUGAUCUUGGGGCUACUUGGAUCCACGGUGCUGAUGGGAACCCAGUGUAUCAGCUAGCAGAAGACCACGGUCUCCUUGAAGAAACUACAGAUGGAGAACGCAGCACUGGCCGCAUCAGCCUCUACUCCAAGAAUGGAGUGGCCCACUACUAUACCAGUGGUGGCCAGAGAAUACCUAAGGAUGUCAUUGAAGAAUUCAGCGAUGUAUACAACGAGGUCUAUAACCUGACACAGGAGUUCUUCCAACGGGGAAGGCCCGUUGGCGCAGAAAGCCAAAACAGCGUUGGCGUUUUCACAAGAAAUGUGGUGCGUAAGCGCCUCAAGGCAAACCGCGAGGACUCUGGCAUCAGCAAGAAGUUGAAGUUGGCGAUGCUCCAGCAGUUCUUGAAGGUUGAAAGCUGUGAGAGCAGUUGUCACAGCAUGGACGAGGUUUCCCUCAGUGAGUUUGGCGAGUGGACGGAGAUCCCCGGGGCUCACCAUGUCAUCCCGAGCGGCUUCAUCAACAUCGUGGAGAUCCUGGCACGGGACAUUCCCAAGUCGGUCAUCCAGCUGAACAAGGUGGUGAAGAGCAUCCACUGGAACCGCUCGUUCAGCGAGGAGAUCCACUACAUCCAGCGGACCUUCGCCGACCACAAUGUGGAGGGGCAGGAGGAGGAGGAGGAGUUGGGCUAUCGGGUGCGGGUGGAGUGCGAGGACUGCGAGGUCAUCCCGGCUGACCACGUGAUCGUCACCAUGUCACUGGGCGUGCUGAAGGAGUACCACGAGACCAUGUUCCACCCCCACCUGCCCGAGGAGAAGGUCUCGGCCAUCCGCAUGCUGGGGAUCAGCACCACGGAUAAGAUCUUCCUGGAGUUCGAGGAGCCCUUCUGGAGCCCCGAGUGUAACAGCAUCCACUUUGUGUGGGAAGACGACGCGGAGAGCGAGAGCCCGGCCUACCCACAGGACCUGUGGUACAAGAAGAUCUGCGGCUUCGAUGUGCUCUACCCGUCCGAGCGCUACGGCCAUGUGCUGAGCGGGUGGAUCUGCGGGGAGGAAGCCAUCAUCAUGGAGCGAUACGAUGACGAGACGGUGGCGCAGACGUGCACCGAGCUGCUGCGGAAGUUCACAGGCAAUCCACACAUUCCGAAACCCCGGAGGAUCCUGAGGUCCGGAUGGGGCAGUAACCCGUACAUCCGUGGCUCGUACUCCUACACGCGAGUCGGAUCGACAGGAGCAGACGUCGAGAAACUUGCAAAGCCACUACCUUAUCCAAAGAGCACAAAAGCAGCUCCUUUGCAGAUUUUGUUUGCGGGAGAAGCAACUCACAGGAAGUUCUACUCUACCACCCACGGUGCUUUACUUUCUGGUGAGCGCGAGGCUGGACGUCUCAUAGAAAUGUAUCAAGACGUCUACCACGGCAAAGAUGAGUGAGACCCUGCACAGAAUGGAUGAAAAGCAUGUGGUUAAUGUACCAUUUCUUGAGGAAGGAGUGUUAUAGUCUUGUCUAAUAAGGGUAUGUUCAAAUCGUGUUUUAACUGGAUAUAUACAAGAUUAACACAUUCUGGUAAUGGUUUGGUAUACGAAUGUUUACACUUGCAUAAUAUUUUAAAUUUUUAAUUAAUGCACUUCUAACCUCAAUUUGAUUUUCUGUAAAUUGAGUGCCUUCCUGUAUAAAACAGUCCAUUACAAUGCUUUUGGAUACCACAUUACUGAGGGUGUUGGUUUUUUAAUGAGAUAUUAAGCAGAGGUCCUCUCAAUACCACGCAUUUUAUUGAAUUAGGUUUAAAUGGAUAUGUGCUCAAAUUACUACAAUAUGAUGUGUGACACUGCCCGAGGAUUUAUAGACGCUGAAAGUAUUUGUGAGGUCAAGCAGAAUCUGUUGAGAGUUCUGUGACCUCAGUUUUUCUUGAUAUUUGUAGAUUAUUUGGAUGAGCCUAGUUUUGGUUUCGGCUAGUUUAGAAAUGCAGCGCGAAGGCUUGGAAUUCAAAGGGAACAAACCUGUUUUAAAAGUUAUAUAAAGCACGGGCUAUAUCCAAUUAGAGUUUUAUGCUUAGUUCUGAGCCUUGGAGAGUUUGCCAAAUUGAUUCAAUUUGAUUACAUCAGGACGAACAGGUUUGAAUCAUGAACACUCGUGGUAUAGAAGGGGCUGAUAUACCCUUGAAAUAGCAAGGCAAAAUGUGACUAGUUCCAGUUUAAAGAUGAUUAUUGGAGUCAAAAGGGUGGGGUCAGAGAGAGAUGGUUCCUCUGAUGGCCAGAGCAAGAGGACAUGUUACAAAUUAAAUCUAUAUCAAUCUGCAGAGGGGAAAUGCUACUUCACAUAAGUGACGGUGUAAAUCGGGAAUUCUCUAAAUGGCUAAUAAGCCAAAGGCAAAUACCAAGGCGAAGUUUGAUGGAAUUUUGGAAGGUGGGCAAGUGGACUCAUGACUGGAAAAUGGACCCAAGUUACAGAUCACAAAGUCAUUAGUGGUGGAUCAGGUCUUAAUGGCUGAACUGUUUGCACCUAUUCCAUGAUAUUCCACCUCGGUCAUAAGGUUAUAAGUGAUAGGAGUAGAAUUAAGCAUUUUGGCCCAUCAAGUCUACUACGCCAUUAAAUCAUGGCUGAUCUAUCUCUCCCUCCUAACCCAUAUUCCUGCCUUCUCCCCAUAACUUUUGACACCUGUACUAAUCAAGAAUCUAUCUAUCUCUGCCUUAAAAAUAUCCACUGACGGCCUCCACAGCCUUCAGUGGCAAAUAAUUCCACAGAUUCACCACCCUCUAGAUGAGGAGAUGAAAUUUCUCCUCAUCUCUUUCCUAAAACAAUGUCGUUUAAUUCUGAGGCUAUGACCUCUAGUCUUCGACUCUCCCACUAGUGGAAUCAUCCUCUCCACAUCCACUCUAUCCAAGCCUUUUAUACUGUAUGUAUCAAUGAGGUCCACCCCUAAUAUUUUUAAACUCCAGCGAGUACAGGCCCAGUGCCAAUAAAAAACGCAGCACAACGCACUUACUCAUUCCUGGGAUCAUUCUAGUAAACCUCCUCUGGACCCUCUCCAGAGCCAGCACAUCCUCAGAUAUGGUGCCCAAAAUUGCACACAAUAUUCCAAAUGCGGCCUUACCAGCGCCUUUUAGAGCCUCACCAUUACAUCCCUGUCGUAGGGCAUGUCCUGGCUAACAUUUACCCCUCAAGGAAAGACACUUUACAAAAGUUACCAUAAUUAUAUGUCGGAUUUUGCUGUGGGCAGAUUGAUUACUGCACUUCCAACACUAUAAGAUUAACUGUGAUUCAAUCGAUACUUAAUAGGCUUUGGGACAUAAACUGCUGAAGAUAGAUGAAGCUCCAUCAUAUUUGCAUGAUUUUUUUGUUGUAUCCUCUUUAGCUAAAUCUUCAGUUGGCUGUGAACAUCGAAAAAUGGAUGGGUUUAUAAUGGAGCAAAAAAUGUUGUGGAGUUUAUAUUCCACACUAGCUGAUCCAAUUUUCCAAUAACUUUUGGCUGUCUAAUUAAGUGUGGUGUAAUGCCAAAUCUACUCCCCUGCAGUUUCUGGGGCAAAGGUGGAUGUGAAUGGUCACCAGUUUAAUGGCAAUAGAAGGGAGAGGCACACCUGCAUUGUUUAUUUUGUUUUAAAAGUCGUCAUUUAUCUGCCUUUUCAUCUCAGUCUGCCUAUAAUGAACUGACUACAAUUUUGAUUCAUUGAUUGAUACUUCAUUGUCACAUGUACUUGGUCCAGUGAAAUUCUUUGUUUUGCCUACAAUACACAAGUAUGCAAAGAGUCGCCACAUAAAGGACGGCAACAAAGUUACAUGUUCAAUAUAGUCCCUCUUCCUUCUCCCCAUCCCUCUUUGCUCUUGGCAGCCCCCCUCACACCAGGUCCCCCUUUGGUCACAGUGGCCCCCACCUUGAACUAGCAAGGCAAUAUGUGAACUAGUUUCAGUUUUAAGAUGAUUAAAGGAGUCGAAAGGGUGGCCAGAGAGAGAUGGUUACUCUGAUGGCCAAAUUAAAUCUACUGUGUAUCAAUCUGCAGAGAGGAAGUACUACUUCACAUGUCCCUCUUUGCUCUUGGCAGCCCCCCCACGCCGUGUCCCCUUUUGUUCUCGGCAGCCACCCCCCCCCCCCCCCACCCCACAUCGGAUCCCCCUUAAUGGACGACUUCUGGAUCAUAGCACACUAAUCUAUUCCAUACACCUCGCAACCCAUUCCAAUUGGUGAAGUGACCUAGAACGCAAUGUAGAGAGCAAAAGGGAGGCACUGUCUAUGCAUUAAAACCAAGAUCUAAACUUAACUUCACAGCCAGCUGCAAUCUUUGAAUUAAUAUUGAUUCUCUUAUAAUCUCAUAAUGUUAUAUUUUAAUCCAAUAAUGUUAUAUCUUGCUUAAUAUUUGGGUUUGUUUGACAUGUCUGUUUGCAUUUAACUGAUGUCUGGAGAGUGUUGCAGAAUAAUCUGCAUUCAGUAAGGUGGAGAAAUGGCAAAUGUUAUGUGAAAUUUGAAAAAUGUAAAAUUUUGCACAGCGGUCAAAAUAAAAUGUGGUCCGACUGUUCAAUAAAUAGAAUUGAAUAAACAACUU